ACUGCAGCUUCUGCUCUGAUCGUGACGCAGCUGGUCACUGGGCAGCUGUGACCAGAGAAACUCUGUGUUUCACUGUUCUUCUACAAAGUCACUGACCGGCUGCUUCACGUGACCGAGCUCUGAUCUCACUGCGUGUGAGUAAGUUAACGCGUUAAUUCCACAAAUGAAUCAUCCCGCCUUAUCGCGUUAAUUUUGACAGCCCUAGUUAUAAUACAUUAUGAUAUGUUACGAUACGUUACAAUACGUUAUGAUAUGUUACAAUAUGUUAAAAUCCGUUAUGAUACGUUAUGAUAUGUUACGAUACUUUACAAUACGUUAUGAUGCGUUGCUAUAACUUAUGAUACAUUACGGAAUGAUCUGGAUAUUAUACAUUACGAUACGUUAUGAUACUAUAAUCCUUUAUUAGUCCCACACCAGGGAAAUUUACAGUGUUUCAAGGGGACAGUUAAAAAAAUAGACAUUGGUAAAAUAGUAACAAGUAAAUAUGCAAUACUUAACAAUUCAAGGAAAAUAGAAAUAUAGAUAAUAAAUGGAAUAGAACUAAUGUAUACAAUGUAAACAGAAUAUAUACAGUGUGGGGAUAUAUAUACAGUGUAACAGAUUACAUAUAAGAUAUAGAAUAGCGCAGAGAGAAAUGAAUUUUGCACAGUUAAGUGAGUUAAACCUGAUAAAAUAAGAUAAUCCUUCAUAAAUCCCACAGUAGGGAAAAGGUCUGUGUUGCAUCAGCAAUAAGGACAGUCAAAAAUACACAUCAGUAGAAGUAAUAUGUAAACAUACAAUAUAAACGCAAGGAAGAAUACAAGUAUGGAAUGGAAUGGAAAUAAUAUAUACACUCUAAACAGAAUAUAUAUACAUUGAGCAGAGUAUAGAAAUCUCAGUUUGAGGUAUAUUUAAGCUAAGAGGUGGUUGCAUCAAUACAUGAUUCAGCUUAAUAAGAAAUUGUUCCUUGCAGUUUCGUUUCACUUGCUCAUGUGCUGAGGAAACCACCAGCGAAACUUCAGCCUCCUCCUCAAAAUUAUUACUCAAGUUUACUCGCAUACUGAUUAUUAACUUGGAAGGAGGCUUGUUUUCUCAAAUCACCUCCUGUAGCAGAAGUCUUUAAGGUGGACGUCUUAAAACAGGUGGCCUCACAUGGAUUGAGUUAAACCUGUAAAAUGGAGGAAGCUGGACACAGAGGACGGAGGAAUAAAAAUCCCCCUGUGGGCACAAUACUGCUCCUCAUGUGCAUGGUCGUUCCCACUUUGGCAUAUUUGCCAUCUUCAGAGUCCACGUGUCCCACUGACGACUACUCCCCUGCAAAGGGAAUUUGUUGCAACAAAUGUUUGCCAGGUAAUAAGCUUGUAGAGGUGUGUAAUGCUACGGGUCACAGAAGUAAAUGUGCUCCAUGUCCUACUGGACAAUUCAUGGAUAAGAUUAAUUACUCCACCAGAUGCAGAGCGUGCAGUGUCUGCAAAGCGACAAAGAAUGAAAAGACUCUAAAAAAAUGUGAAAAAGACCAAAACACUAUUUGUCAAUGCUAUGACGGUCAUUACAGAUCUUACAUCGACUCAGUAACGUACGAGUGUCGCAAAUGUGCACAAUGUGGACCUGAUGAAAAGGAAAAGCAAAACUGCACAAACCUGACAAACACAGUUUGUGAAUGUAAGGAGAACUACUACAGAGUCAAAAAAACGUGUGAACCCUGCAAGAGUUGUACCAGUGAGUGCAACCAUGGCUGUCCACUUCCUAGUCUGAAUCCAAAUGGUAACGACAGAGGAGAGCAAUUUUUCACAAACAUAAUUGCUGGAGUUGUUGCUGUGGCUCUUGUGUUGUUGGCGCUGGUCGCUCUCAUCACUCACGUGGUCACUAAACGCUCCAUCAAGAAGAAGUGGGCACAGCCGUCCUCCCAACCGACUGAUGAUUCUCCGGACUCUUCCGAGGUGGUCCUGAUCUGUAGUGAAGGAUGUUCAGACAACAGCAGCGUCGAAGUCACUCCCAACAGCUCUGUGAGUGACCAGCUGCCACCCAAUCUGCCUGACUGUGUCCCCCUGGAAAUCGAGACCUCUGACCUAAUCUACUCAGUGUUGGAUCUAGUUUCUGCGCUGCAGGUGAAGCAGCUGGUGCGUACUCUAGGUGUGAGGGAUACAGAGAUCGAACAAGCAGAGCUGGAUCACCGGCCCUGCAGGGAGGCUCACUACCAGAUGCUGCGGUUGUGGGCUGAGAGAGUGUCUCGUGCGGAUGGAGGAGGUCAAAGUGGAAUGCUGCACUGGCCUUUGUUGCAGGAGUUGUUGGACAAACUGAGGACGAUGCGCCUGGGAGGGGUGGCCGAGGAGCUGGAGACAAAGUACAGCUUUCAGUAAUUCACCGACGCUAACAAAAGCUUAUGAAACCAAGUAUUGUUCUCUUUGGAGACCCCCUCACGGACAGCCUCAAAGCAAAAAGACACGGGGCUACCACCAAAGCAGCAGUUUUACUUCAAAGCCAACCAGCAUCACUGAGGGAUCUACCUCUUGUUCCCUUCACCCACUGAGACGACAAGACCAAACUCCUGAGAGGGACUGAUGGAAACGUUCGGGGAGGGGGAGCCACUGAAAAUAGGAUUUUUCCGCUGAUAAACUCUGCUCAACCCUUUGUAAUGAACUUCCAGCAAUGCAUGUGUAUGUGUACUUAUGUGUUUUUUAAAGUUUAAAGAGUACACAUUUUGGGUAAUGGGCUUAUUUUUUCCAAGCGUUAGUUGAGAAUAUUGACACCACUUUCACAAUGUGAACAUUCUCUUUUUCUUAUCGAACUCAUCCAGUCAGAGAGCAAAUAUAUAAUAUAAUUACAUAGUAUAAUAUAAUCUAUGAAGAUCUUUUUAUACACGGUGUCUCAGAUGCGGUGUUGCAUUAGUAUCACUGCACUGAAUGUCUUUGGCAAUAUAUGGGAAUAAUAGUCUUUAGGAUUUCAUACUAGACUAGUGACUUGUUACUGUACAGAAUGCUUUCGAUAAUGUAAUUUGUACCGAAUCAUAUUUUCAUGUGGCUUUAUCAACUUUUUAUUGAACAGCAGACAUUUUUUGCUAUUAUCUGCCAUUUGAAGAGUUGGCCAAUUAGAUGAUUCCAUUUAUGUCAAAAGUCACUUUUGCAAGGUGACAAGGUGCCGAAAGCUUAGGAAGCUAUUUACCUAGUCCUUUCCCUGCCCUCUGUCCAGGGGCAGAUCCAUGGGCGAGGCCAGGUAAAAUAAGAUUUUUUUUAAGUAGCAACUCACUCACAAUAAAGUUAUUGUUGCUAACCAUUUUAAUUUUCUAAGCUUCUUUGAAAAAAUGCAUUGAUGUGUGGCUUUGCUCUAAGCUAUAGCGCAAACUGUAAACAAGAAAUGACUUAAAUGUGCACCUUACUGAAUCAGGAUCUGUGCAACGAUGUUGGACAUAAGAUUACAGGUAGUACACAUUUUAAUGGUGACUAUUUACCCUGUACCAUGAAGUUAACUGGUAAUGUUUUAGUAGUUCCUGCUUAUAGUGGGUAAAAUAUAUCCCUCUGCUGCGUCUUACAGACGUUUCACAGUCCCAUUAUCAUUCUUUUAAGCCCCAUUAUACAAGCAUUAUUCAUGACUGUAGGACAGAACGGGACACACCUUGUCUCAGCCUGUCUCAGCCAAGCAACUUUUAUAGGACCAGUUCCAGCCUGCAGAUUCUGAUAUGAAUCAGUCAUGCUCUCUCGGAUUAGAGACUUGUCAUUCCAAAGCACUUUUGUAUUUUACUUUAUGAGAUGGAAACAUGUAUCGAGCGAACAAUCAAUGCUGAGCAGCAGCCAUGUUAAAUGUAAAACUCUGAUCUUUGAAUAAAUGUAUCUUUUUA